AAAACCUCCUGAAACCUAGGUCUGGCCUUCAGGGAAUCUGAUUCCUUGGUCUGGGGUAUGGCCUGGGCAUCUCCUGAAGCUCACCAGGUCACACAGAGGUGUAGCCCCAGCUGGGAACCACUGACCCAGGCUCAGUUCCUGAAUUUCUGUGACCUCUUCCAUGGCAGCCCCUCUCAGGCCCCUGGUGUGAGGUCUUUCUUUUGCUUCUGGCUUCUGAGAGUUUCCUUUCCUGAUUCCAGGCUGGGCUCUGUUUUGUCUGGUGGGUGUUUUUUGCCACUGCCGUUGUGUUAGUGGCAUCCAGGUCUCUGGAUUACUGCAUGCUUGCAGUGGGAGGAAAGGCCUGUCUACCAUGUUCUCUGCCUCCCCUUCAUGCUCUGUGAGGAGAGGGGCCUUGUCUGGCAUGUUCACCGAGGCAUUCCUGACCACUAGAACUGUGCUUGGCACAGAGUAGGCACUUAAUAAACUCCUGCUGCAUGAACAAAAGAACAAGUGUGGAUGCUUCAAAGGAAGACUUGCACCUGGCUGACCCCCAGAGUGGGGAAGGGGUCCCACCUAAUAGGAAGAACACCAAGACUUCCCCAAGAGGAGAAGGAAUGGCUCCCCCUUUCUCGGCGAGGCCAUGUGUCUGGACCCUGUGUGAGAUGCUUUCUAUACUAGCCCUUGUUGGGGUGUUGCACCCAUUUUACAGAUCAAACAACCAAGUUUAUGAGAAAUUAAAGACUCAUUUAAGAUGCCAAAGCUCACGAGUGGAUAGUUUGAUGCUGAAGCCAACACUGUUAACACCAUCUCAGCUCAAAAGCCCUGAAGGCCACUUAAUUCUACCAACAUUCAACCAUCUUGUCAUAAGACACAUGCUCGACCCAAAGCAGAUAUUCUGUGUAGCUGAUGUGUGUACAGAUUGCAAAUUCAAUUGCGGAAGCAUAGAGAGGCACCAGAAGAGGCAUCUUAUGAGAGUCAGCCAGAACUGGGAACAUUUAAUAAGAUACAGAAACCAGAUUUGCUUGAGCUGAAUGCUGGAUCGCCAUGGCAACCUUCCUUUGGAGGUUAUCCAAGUCAGGUAGUGACAGCAAAGCUGAGUUAAAGGUCACCCCUGCUGAGAAAGAUGGGCAUUGAUAAAGGAUUUUAACAAGACCCAGAGGAGCUGGUAUUUGGAAGCUACCUACAGAGGAUCGACAAGGCCCUAGGAAUGGGUGGCAAACAACAUCGGGAAGAGGGGUCCAUCCUGCAGGGGCUUCCAUCAGAGCCCCGACCUCACCCUUCAGAUCGGGAGCUCCAGCCUUCACCAGAAGCUGAGAUUGGAGCUGUUCGUAAUUGUUCAAUGGAAGGGUGAACAACCAUUUUAACCAGGCAUCCAGAUGGGAAAGAAAUACACUUAUGCCACUCUACACCCAAGACACGCAUUCCUGAAAAGUUCUGAACAAGCCAAAUGCUUGAAAAUGGAACAGCCUUGACCUUCUUUAUCACUCCAGAAAUGCUUUAUUUAAUCUUUUUUCUAUUGGAGCAUCACUUUAAAACCUCAAAGUUGAGAAGGCUUUUCUUUGCGUGAUGCUGAAGCCAGAAGCCUUCAAGGAAACAACAUAAAUAUAAAUAUCUCUGUGGCCAGUCUCUACAAAAAUACAUAAAAAUGAAUUUUAAGCAUAAUAAAAUGUGAAAAAUUGCCCAACUUUCCUCGCAAAUGAGUAAAAGCCAAUUUAAAUGAUAAGAAAUGAAUAAAUGCACAUUAAAGC